AUGGAUUAUGAUUCGGACGAGGAAAAUGUUAUGGAAGAGGAUUAUUAUUCGUUUUUAAAUAUUCCUAAAGAGGCUUCCAGAGAUGAUAUAAAUAACGCGUAUAGAAGAUUAAGUAGGAUUUACCAUCCGGAUAAGCAUGUGGAUCUCGAUCUUAAGGCCAAAGCUGAAAAUAUGUUCAAUAAGGUUAAGAAAGCAUACGAAGUGCUUUCUGAUCCUCACACAAGAGCAAUAUACGAUUCAUUAGGAACUAAAGGUCUCGAAACCGAAGGAUGGGAAAUAGUUCAAAGAACCAAAACCCCCGCAGAAAUCAGGGCUGAAUACGAGCAAUUAGCCGAGGAAAAGGCCGAACGAAGGAAAAAACAAGCUACAAACCCAAGCGGCAACAUUACCAUAACUGUUAAUGCAACAGACAUAUUCAACCCCUAUUACGAUGACUACUUGGAGGAGGAAUACGAGAAUGAUAUUAUAUCGAACAUCCCCAAUAUCGAAGUGUCUUCGAUGCAAUUUAGUCAAUCAGUGGACUUUCCUUUAACGCAAAAAGACACCUGCACUCUCUCGGGGCAGCUUCAGACUCAAAACGGAACAGGCGGCGGGGGCAUUAACAUGAGUUGGAGACACAUUUUCUCACACAAAAGCUGGACGGAACUGGAAAUGGCUGCUGGUAGCGGUCCGGCGCUGUCCUUUAAAGGUUUUAGAACGUUGACCAGGAGGUUCUUUUGGAACGGUGGGACUAUUUUACAGUUUACACCCGAAGGAGUUCGGCCGGGAAUAAUGUCUACUUUGGCAAUGCAAGUAGAUAAACAUUCUGUUGGUUACUUAACGUACCAGGGUGGAGUUAGAUCAGCAUUUACAACACAGAUAAUUAGAGAUACAGAAAAGAAUCGAUAUAACUUUUCGAUUCAAGUAGGUCUGCCUCAUUCCUUCGUCCUUCUACAAUACACCAGAAAAAUGUUGAGUCAAGAACUAAAAUUACGAAUUGCCGUUAAAGCUGGUACAUUUGGAGGUGUUUUAGAGUAUGGAGCCGAGAAGAAAAUUUCCAAACACAGCAACCUUUCGUUUUCCGUAAUUUGCGGCGUCCCAUCCGGAGUGAAACUUAAAAUAAGAUUGACCAGAGCCUCUCAAACUUACACGUUUCCAAUUCAUUUGUGCGAGGAAAUCAUGCCUGCCCCCGUGUUCUACGCUACCGCAGUGCCUUUGGUGUUAUACAUAGUCGUUAAAAAAGGAUUCGUCGAGCCGUUUUUGAGAGACGAAAAAAACAAAAAGGUCGAAAAGCAGAAGCAAAAUAAUUUCAACAAAUUGUUAGAGAGGAGGAAAGAAGCUUUGGCGGCGCAAGAGCUCAUGAAUGCGACGUAUUCGAGAAUAAGGGACGACGAGAGCAAUAAAAAGGGCUUGGUAAUCAUUAAGGCGAUUUACGGGAAGAUUAUUAAAGAUCCGAAUCAACACGGUGACAAUGAAGUAACCAACGAAGUUCUAGAUGUAACUGUACCAAUUCAGUGUCUAGUCAAAGAUAGUAAAUUAGAAAUUUAUGUACAAAAUAAAUCUGAAUUGCCAGGCUUUUUCGAUCCGGCGUUCGGAGAAGAAAAAAUGCUACAUAUAAUCUACAACUAUCACGAUCAGCCUCACGAAAUAACCGUAACAGAUAGCGAAUCUUUGCGUUUACCAAAAACUGCGCACAGAACAAACAUUACGUAG